AUGGACAAGGACGAAGGGCUGGCGACGAUCGACAACAUCGUCACUCAGUUUAGCACCUAUGAAGAUUUUUUGGACUCGCAGAUCACGACCGUGGACUUGUACUACCUGGAGGAUGAAGACCUGGCCCGCCAGCUGGUGGAGCUAGGCUACCGAGGAGUUGGAGAGGUGAUCAAAAGGGAAGAUUUUGAAGAGAGGAAAGCAGCAAUAGAGAUGACAAGAAUGUCUGAAAGAACUCAGAAAAAGGUAUUAGCAAGUGCUGGUAAAACACUGAAAGACAAUUUUCUGAAGGCUUUGGCAGCAAGAGAAGAAGAUAACAACAUUGGAAAAGUGAGCGUGAAUUUAUUUCAGCAAAAGGCUGAUGCUGCUUAUACCUCAAAGAAGCAACUGGCAGGAAUUAGUUCUGUGAUCUUUAUUCGUGACCGAAAUUCUUAUGGACAGGAGAUUUCAGGAUACAUUGACUAUGCUUAUAGACUGAAAGUUGAAGAUUUUGAAGUAUACUUUAAUGGGAAAAAGAGACUUCUUCCAAAAUCCACAGAUCUUAGUUUUUACAACUGGGACAAUCAAACUGCUGUGUGGAAUUCAACUUCCAAUUAUCAAGUGAUAUCUGAUAAUCCAGAAGGUUUACUCUUCAGGUACAAAAGAGAUAGAAAAACUCUUAAUGUGGACCCAAAAGCUUUACCAGGAGACAACUCUACUAGGACCCCUAUUCAGACAGAUCUCUACAUUCAAGCUGUCAUUUUUGACCACGUUUCCAGAAGAAAGACUUAA